AUAUAUAUAUAUAUAUAUAUAUUCAGACAUCACUUGAAUGUACAAGCGUGACAAUAUUAUUAGCUAAUUAAUGUAUAAAUAUUCUAUUCUGAAUGAAAUACUGAACUCAUUGCUUUUUAUAUUGAUCUGCAGACGGUGAUAUAUCAAGAUAAUGAACUUAAAUUCUGAGGGUUAUUACUGUGUUUUGACUUUCCUUUAACCAGUUUAGCGUACAAUGACAUCUGAACACAUUGGAGUUGUUGAUGCUCUCCCCUACUUCGACAAAGGAUAUGAUGAUCCUGGGAUUAGAGAAGCUGCAGCUCUUUUAGUCGAAGAGGAGAUGAAACGAUAUAGACCAACAAAAAAUUAUCUGGAACAUCUCCCUUCUUUAUCUGGUCCCAUUCAGAUGAAGUUUGAAACUGAGGUGAUGAAAGCUGAAUUUGACAGGCUCUCUAAUCGUUUGCCUAUGGAAAUGCUAAGUAUGAAACGUUACGAACUACCCCCACCUCCGGCUGGAAAAAUGACCGAUGUGAAAGCAUGGCAAGACGCAAUGGAAAAUGCUGAAGCACAGUUAGAACACCAAGCAACAAGAAUUGAGAAUUUAGAACUAAUGGCAGAUUAUGGAUGUAAUGCUUGGAAGCAAUACAACAAUGUUUUGGAAAGCUCUCUGCAAAUUUACGAAAAGGAGCUCUUAGAAAUAAGCUAAUUAUAUAUGUGCACCGUUUCCAUAUCCAUCCAACACAACAUACAGGAAGCGAGUAAGAAUUAGAUGCUUAAUAAAAAAGCUUAAAUAACAAACAGAUGGAAAGUUCGCCUUGUAGACAAAAUUUGAUGUGGCUCUUUGUUGCUGUGCGAAUGCCUGUGUCUGAUGCUGAAAUAAGGUAGUUGACAGAGGUCCCUUAUUUUGUCUCUUGUGGUCAAACCUUGAGAGACAAAUUCAUAAUAACCCUGCAAUCAUGACCAGGGUUACCCUCUAGGUUAUGAAAUGUUUAUUUCAUCAGGAUUAAUGGUAUUAUAUGGCUGUCUUAGAUAUCUUAGUGGAGUAAAGGUUUCGUCUUCCCUGUAGUAUUAAGAAUAUACAGUUUCUAGAACCAACCUUUACCAAUCUCUAAUUAUCCGAAACAGAAUGUUCCCACCGCUGGAAAUGCUUAUUAUAUGAGCACAAGACAUUGUUCAUUCAGUAUUAGGAAACAACUCUUGGACCUUCGUUACAGUAAAGUUGGUCACAUCGUGGUUUUUUAAAUUUUCAUUGAAGUUUUACACUUGGCAAGUUUACGUUCGUCCGAUAAGUUGUUACUCAAAAUGUUAGUGUUAUAACGCUCGGUACUACUUCGUAUAAUGUUAUAACGCUCAAACAAUUAUCUACACUAGAUCCCUCCCAGUGUCUAUUCUACAGGACGUCAACACAACUCAGAUCAAGAACACGUAAUCAGCCUGAUCACAACGUGAAUAUAUUUUCACACCCGAAACCGACACAAUCCACAACAAUGAACAAUCAAUAAUAAAUGUGUGUCACAAUAAUGAGGAUAAGGGAAUGUAUAACUUAUCUGGCACUUGUCAGACUGUCUACAUGUCUGACUAAGCAGACAACCAAUCAUGAUCAUUCUCGCCCGCACAUCAGUUAGCUAAAAGAUUUUUUAGUUCUUCUUGAUUCAUUUAGUUUCGUUUUGCUUUUUAAAAGGCGAAAAAUCCAGGAAAUAAACUGGCGCCGCAAACAAGAGCAAACAGCUGCUGGAAGACAUCUCAAGGAAUUAGAAGAAUCGUGGGUCGGUUUGGUUGGCAAAAACUACGAAAUUGAGCAAGCCAUAUUAGAACUAGAACAGGAACUAGGUGUAUUUUCAGAACCAAUGGAUAGUGAAGAUCAGUGAAGUUGUAUAUCCAUGCAUAUUAAUAUAUAUGUAAAAAGUAGUCACUCUGGCGUUUCACUUAAUCGUAAUCACAAUCUAGUUAUGAUGAGACGACAAUUAAAAAAACGGCGGGAUCACCUAAAGUGACCAAAAUGAUACUUCGCUCAUAGGACCAAUCUUUAAAUCACAAACGCGUAUAUUUUAGAAUACAGUAGCACUAGCCGAGUAUUUGAACUAAUAUAAGGGGAUUCAAGUUGUUACUUUUUUCACGAAAUACCUAACCAAAAUAGUAUGAUCUUCCAUUUAACAAACGGUCAGUCGAUGAUGGAGAUACAGGUCGCGAAGUAACCAUUUCUACUAACUGUAUCGUGAUUUUAUAUUUCCACUACAUAUUUCACAUCAAUAUUGCAAGCGACAGUCAGUGACGGUAGUUGUCGAGACAAAGUAUUGCUUUCGUAAUAUACAAUAGAUAAACGUAGGAUCUGUUACAGUUGUGUAUUGCUUUAAUUAUUCACAACCGACGUUACAUCAGGAAGAAACCACUUAGGAAAGCAGGUUAUUGAAAACAAUAGAACUAACGGGGUGUUAAACCCCCUUUGUGUAUUUAAAAGCAGUUUGUUCUCACCUUAAACUUACUCUAGUAAUAUUCACUUAUUAUCCAGAGUGAUGACGUUUCAAAUUGUUUUCGCAUUACUUUUUUAUUAUCCCUCCAUUUACGGUCUAGUUGACCUUUUAUUUUUAUAUAUACACGAUCUUAACAAAUAUAUGUGUGAUCAGAUUGUUCGAAAUGUAUUGCGCUAAUAUAUCUUUAUUA